UCCUUGGCAUGUCUCUCCUCCAUCGAUGGGUUGUGGUGUUUCAAGAUUCGACAACGCAGGAAGAGAGGACAAGAAAAGGCAUUAUAUGAGAAUUGUUCAUAGAAAGAACGAUCCUGUUGUAGUAAUAUCAAAGCCAUUGUCCGGAGAUGACGAAGGAGAAUACCAUUCAAGGGGUAAGGUGAAGUCCGAUGGGAAAGAAAGAGAUUGUCACAAGGAAGAGUGCGUGGAGGACGAUGGAUCAUAUAUACCUCACUCGCCAAGUUUCAGAGUAUAUUGCACUGCAUCUUUUGAUGACAACACCCAAGGUGAUAGUAAAACAGAUAAAAUAACAAACAAACAAGGGGAUCAUCAAAGUAACAAGGGAUCAAGUACUCGAUUGGGGAGCAUGACUAAGACAAGAAAAGGACCUAAGACUAUUUUAAGGGCUUAAUUUGCAAUUGUUCAUCGGUGAUACUAUAAGAAAUAUGUUGAAGGUUCUUGUCAAGAUAUGUAUAGCUUCAUUUGCUUAUCCCCUCAUUUCUUUUCAUGAACAGAGAUGUUUUCAGGCUUUGAAGGAACAACACAAUAUUCCCUAUUCAUUUUGUUGUUGUAUCAGAAAAAGAAAAAAAAAAUAGCACCAUUCAACUGGCAUGUGA